AUGCGCUUAACUGAUUUUUAGAGUGACUUUUAUGCUCUCUCUGAUUAUGCAAUUGAAUGGGGUAUCGCAGACGAGAGGACUUAUUUUUACCUGAUUUUGAGUGACUAUAGGACUUUGCAAAAGUACCUAUCCAAAGCAUAUUACAAGGCAUAUAUGCCUAAGCUGUCUCAUAGUCAAGAGUUAUUGACCUUAUAAAAGCAUUGCUAAAAAGUAAACAAAAAUGGAGUAGAGGAGUUUGAGCAGAAUUUUUAAAGAUUUAGGAAGUUUAUGAAUGAAGCAGAUUUGAUAUACUUUGGACCAAAUGAAAACAAGCCAUCUAGCAGGUAUUACCCCUAUAAUUGA